AGGAACUUAAUUUACAAAUAUGAAUUUGUUGAAUUGUCUAUUAUGGAAAAGCAUUCAGCACAUUCGAUGGCAGUACAAGAGAAUCAGAAAGAAGUGAAUCGGAAGAGUAAAUAAUGUCAAGUGCCGAAAAGCUUGCGGAUGAAUUUGAAAAAGGCGAAACAGAUAUUGAAAAAUUUGGAAAAGGUACCGGUAAAAGAACGAAGGCUGAGCAACAUGAACACAAGCAUUCACAUCCGGAAGGUGAUACCAGGAAAAUAGUCAAUUAUUGUGUUAGCGGUCAAGAAAAAAGAAAGGGAGCUACUGGCAGCACAGUCAAGAAGGACUAAAACUCGAGCUUUUAUUUUAAGCUUGUUAUAAUGUAUGUUCCAGGCUGUCAAAUCAUUUCUUAGUAUAGCUAUUUCAUUUAUUUUCAUAUUUUGCUUGCUUUUUAAUUAGUCGUUUUUAGCAUCGUUCUUUUUUUUGAUCGAUGACAUAAAUCGUUCUGUACUCGACGUCGAUCAAGAUAUUCUCAAACUACAGAUCUACAUAGGAUUACACUUUUAUUUGAGGUGAAAUUAUUUAUCAGCAAUCAGUACACUGAAAUAUUUGAUUUGUUAUGUCUUAUAAUAAAGUAUAUGACACUCUUUAGUCUGCGCAUAGUUUUGUUAUACCAACAAAUACUCAAGCUGGUUUAUUGCAUCUUUCACUGCUUCAUUUUUAUAUCAGUUUGCUAAUUUGUACGUAUUGCGAAGUUUCGAGUGGAUAAAAAGCAUUAGUAAGAUGUUUUUAUAAAAUCGCAACGGAGCAUCUCUGCAUCGCAAGACUUCGGUAGCUUAGCUUUUCCUACAAGAGUUAUCAUCUCUUAUACAUUGAAUUAGUUGAUGAAAC